AAUAAGAGAAAAAUAUUUGUUUUUUCUAAAUAAAAUCCAAAAUCCAGUUAACUAAUUCUGUACCCAACAUCUUCCUAAAUUCAUAAAAUACAAAAAUCAAAUCAUUGAAACUACAAUCGGAAAAUUCCAGUUAACUAAUUUCUGUAACCCUAGGUUCAUUCGCAUGCUCGUCAACGGUUGCGAUACAGAAACCUCUGUAUUUAUGAGUCAACUCCGCCGUAGCAGCAAUUGAUUGAGAAAUUAAAAAAUGGCGAAGCCUCAAGUAACCAUCACUCUCGGCCGCUCCGGUCAGAAGGUGGUGAAGGAUUCGUCGAGAGAUUCUAAUGGAGUUCGCCGGAAUGCUUUGGUGCUAUCCGGAAGCAAAAGACCGUCAUCGGAGUCUUUUCGGAGCAGUGAUGAUCGUCGAUUUAGCAACGCCAAAAGAAUGAGAGUGGGUGUGAGUGCACGGAGCUAUGGGUACAACAGCCGUUUAGACGAUUCAAAAGAUCUUCGUCUGAAACUAACACGCAAGAGGAUGUCAAAGCAUAUAGAGCUCGAAAACGAGAAGCGUAAAAAGAUGGAACUACACGAGAAGAAGGCAUCAAGAGCUUCACCACCUUCUAGAAGAGCUGCUGAAACACAACCGGUGGGUUCGAUGAUUAAAAAUUCUUAUGCUUCUUGGAAUUCAAAUGCAGCGAAAACGAGAUCCCCCGAAAGAAUUCCGAAAUUUUCCGGUGGAAUUUCUAAUAACCCAAUGAAUUCUAUUGGUCAACUGCCACGUGUACCACCAAUUAGGCCGAUAGAUGCUUCAAGAGAAGAGCAUUUGUCGAUGAGGGAUGCCUUGGAAUCUUCUAGGCCUAAUUUACCUAUAGUCACCACUUCGAGAGGUUUUCUGGAUAAUGGCAACAUGGUCACCGAGCUUCCUCCAGCGACAGGUGGCAUGUCCAGACCUAUUUACCAAGGCAUUCAGCCGCUCACUGUUAGCAGUUUGUUGCACGCACUUGGUCUGGGAAAGUACUUCAUCAACUUUCAAGCUGAAGAGAUAGAUAUGGUUGCACUAAAGCAAAUGGGGGAUGGUGACCUCAAGGAACUGGGAAUACCAAUGGGACCAAGGAGGAAGAUAAUCCUUGCUCUAGAGGCUUGGAGGAAGCGCCCCCCGAUUCAACAACUUCAAGCACAAACAAAUAUUCCAUCCAGAAAUUUACAUUUGGUUUAGCCUCAAACCCACAAGUUUGUCUAUAUGUAAUGACAUGUCCGAGUUUUUCCCGCCAAAAAUCUUACUACAUUCGUUCGUUUUUUUUUUUUAAUUGUUUUAGUCCAGCUAUUCUGAAACAAUUUGUGGAUAGAGUCGAUUUAAUGUAAAGAAACUAGCAACUUUAAACUGAAACGUAUGCAUUCUGCGUAAAUAUAUACAAUGAGUUAUGAACUUGA